UCUCGAACCCACUCCGGGCAGCUCGACUCCAGAUGUCCUCAUACUACGGGGGAGCAUGAUGGUGCCGCUGGCCAAUACACAGAAAAAUGGGGAUGGGGGGAGUCAGUGAAGGAGAGGAUGUUUUAGCCAGGUGGAGCGAUGGACUUUUGUACCUUGGCAAUGUCAAGCGAGUGGACAGUGUCAAGCAGUGCUGUUUGAUCAGAUUUGAGGAUAACUCUGAAUUCUGGGUCCUCAGGAAAGACAUCCACUCAUUCUCUUCAGGAGGAGAGGAUGUGUGCUGUAUAUGUGAUGCUCCACCUCUCAAAGAACCUCUCGUAAACUGCCUCAAAUGUCGUCAUGGUUAUCAUCCAGAGUGCCAUACACCACCCAUUGAACCUGAAGUUGACCCCAGUAGCUGGAUAUGUCGCCAAUGUGUCUUUGCAGUCGCAACAAAGAGAGGGGGAGCGUUGAAACGAGGACGCUUCGCGCGGCUCAUGCAGAUCAUGAAAGUGCGGCUGCCCUAUCAGCUGUCAUCUUUAGACUGGGACCCGCAGCACUUGACCAACCAGCAGCAGUGUUACUGCUAUUGUGCUGGACCAGGAGAGUGGAACCUGAAGAUGUUGCAGUGUGGGAGUUGUGGGCAGUGGUUUCAUGAAGCUUGCACUCAGUGCCUGACCAAACCUCUUCUCUAUGGAGACCGCUUUUAUCAGUUCCAGUGCUCAUCGUGCACAAAUGGUCUAGAGACCAUCCAGAGGCUUCCAAUGACCUGGGUAGAUUUGGCCCAUUUGGUGUUGUAUCACCUCUCCCUGUGCUGCAAGAGGAAGUAUUUUGAUUUCGAUCAUGAAAUCAUGUCUUUUGCGAAUGAGAACUGGGAAUCUUUGCUUCUUGGCACGCUGUCGGACACGCCGAGGCAAGACCGUUGCCAAAACCUGCUCAAUGCUUUAAAUUCCCACAAAGACAGGUUCGUCUCGGGGAAGGAAAUAAAGAAGAAGAAGUGUCUCUUCGGGCUCCAAGUUCGGGCUCCUCCCCCUCUGUCAUCGGACCAAUCUCCUUUCAUCGCCGAACAGCCAAUCAACAUCACCCACAGGAGAAGCCCCACGUCACUGUCCUGCCAGCGGAGAGCGGUGGGUCCGGAGGCCCGUAAAUCAAAGCGUCGGGUCACCGAGACACAGACUUGCCCACCAGGAGUUGCGACAAACUCUAUUGACCUAGUGCCAUGUUGCCACGGUUACGCUGAUGGAACAAGCCUGUAUAACCCCAGAAAACCAGAUGAAGAGAUGAGUUUGGGUUCACCUCCCAAGAGAAUGUUUGCGCUCUAUCACCCUUCAUACAAUGGAUCUCAGGACCUGUCUAGAACUCUGCAUCAUUACAGAGGACCCUUGUCGACUUCCAGCCCCCUGCCUUCCAUUCUCUCCGUCCUCGGGUCACCCACCCGGACAGCGGUAUGAAAGCUGCCCUUCCCUCUUCCUGCGUGACGUGCCACCCUACCCCAGUACAGUCGGCAUGGGGGGGCCCACGGCCAUGGGAUGGGGGGGAGGCGACGCCGUCCGGAUCCUGGCCAGACGCGUGACGGCAGACGGAAAAGUCCAGUACCUGGUCGAGUGGGGAAACGUGAGCGUGUACUGAGACUUGUGCGAGAUGGAGAAAGAGAAGGGGAAAGGGCUAGAGACAUCAAGACGUGCACCAUUAGUGUUUGCAUGGUUACGAGCAGAGGUGUGAAAGCAUCAAUGAGCAGGUGGGUGUCUCGAGAGAAGAAAACCACAGCGAGCAAAUCCAGGUUGAGCUACACAGCAGCUUCACUGAGAUUAAAUCUCUUUAGUUUCUUUUACAGUGUCUCCUAUAUUUUCAAUACUGUUAGAAAACGCCUUUAGAAUGCCUUGAACUUUAUUAUCAUGAUUUGUAAUGUAUAAGCUAUUCAUCGCCAUCACAUGAUGUUCAUGUACGCAUAAUGGUCAAAAUGUACAAUUUCAGGAAAGCUUUUUUUUCAUGCGGUCACAUCAAUAAUUGUAAUAUUUCAAUGACAGGGAAAUGAGUUCUCCUUUAAAAAUAGUCCUUAAAGAAAUAUGAUUCAGUUCGAGUUCAGUCGACAUAAUGUUGAUUAUCACAAAUAUUAAUUUCCUCUUGUCCCUCCUUAAAUAAAAAAAAAAAAGGUACGGUUACAUUUAUGAUGUAAGUGAAGUGUUAAAAUGCUCACUAUUUCACUAUUUUAACAAAAUGAUUUAAACAGCUUCACAGCUCGAAAUGAUAAGAUUCACAUUUCUGCUUUUAAAUUCUUAAAAGGUCACUUCCAUUGCAGAUGUGGUCGAUUGACCUUAUCUUGUACUGAAUUUAGGAAUAUUCCUUUAAUAGUAAGCAUAUCAUUCAAAUGUUUCAUGAUGGAUGGCAAAUAAAACAUAAACAAUGCUGAUAAUCCCCAUUUUUAAACAUCAAGAGAUCAUUUUUUUAACGAUUUACAGCAUAAAUUAGAAGUUUGUCAAGAUAUGCUAUUGAGAGAGUGGAUUUAAAUGAAUAUAAGACUGUUCUUAAAUCUUUUGUUAAAAUCACUGUAACUUAUAUGAAAGCCUAUUUCUGCAACAAAAGAAAAAACAACAUGCUUUUUGUCAGAAUUAUGACAUGAAAAAUCAUUAUUGUGACAGUUAUAAUUUUGAUAAAAAGUUAAAUACUGAAAGAAAGUCAAUUAACAUUUUAUUUUUUUGUCACAAUUAUGACAAAUUGAAAUGGACAUGUAUUGAAAUUAUGAAAUGCGUCAUAAUUAUGACUUUUUAUCUCAGAAAUAGGAUGUCAUGUUUUUUUUUGUUGCAUGGCGGAAGUAGGCUUUUAUUGUAACUCGAACGACUGCAACAGAAAUAUUUAAAGAUGACAGAAGCGAGUCCCUGAACAUUUAUCAGGUCCAAUACAGAUUACAUGCAGAUCAUACCUGAAUAAAAACAUGAGGCAUUUAGUCCUUAUGUGACGCUCAAUUCAUCAGUGAAUGAUUAUGAAUGUAUUGUGUGUGUUUUUAUUUGUAUUUUUUUUUACGUAAUUGUUAGGUCAUAGAUAGACAAAUUUUAUGUCAGGGUGACCAGGAUUAGCAGACUGUAGUCCUUUUUUUUAAUAGUCAAGUUUAAUUCUUUGACGUUUUGUCAGAUUAUGUUUAUAUGUACUCUAGGUUGACACCUAAAAUAUAAACAAACAAUAAAAAGAUACCAUUAUGUUGUAUAAAAGUUGCAUGUGUCGACUUUCU